AUGGAACUGGGCCCGGAGCCCCCGCACCGCCGCCGCCUGCUCUUCGCCUGCAGCCCCCCUGCCGGGCCGCCGCCCGUCGUGAAGGCGCUCUUCGGCGGCGAGGCCGCCGGCGGCCUGUCGCCUGUCACCACGCUGGCGGCCACCAUGGGCCAGCUGCAGGGCCUGGGCAGUGUGGGUGAGCAGCCGCCGGAGGCCAAGAACAGCAGUCUUCAGAGGAUGGGCUCCUCAGAGUCAACAGAUUCAGGCUUCUGUCUGGAUUCUCCUGGGCCCUUGGACAGUAAAGAAAACCUUGAAAAGUCCAUGAGGAGAAUAAACUCCCUGCCUCCGAAGCUUCUGGGAUGUAGCCCAGCUCUGAAGAGGAGCCAUUCGGAGUCUCUGGACCGUGGUGCCUUCCAGCUGACGGACCCGGAGGAGAAUAAGGAAAACCUUUCCUCCAACGAAAGAGAGAACAGCGAGCCAGGGGCCUUCGCUCCCCUCUUUCUGCUCCCGUCGCCCGCGGCCGCCGCUCUGUCUGAUGAGGACGAUGGCUUCAUGGACCUUCUGGACGGAGAGAGUCUGAAGAAUGACGAGGAGGCCUCCUCCUGCAUGGCAAGCCUCUGGACAGCCCCCCUGGUCAUGAGGAGACCUACAAACAUGGGCAACCGCUGCAAGCCGCUGGACUGCACCCCCGCAGGCAGCCCCGCCCUGCGCUCCGCGCGGAAAAGACCCGACUCCUUGCAAGAGCUGUCCCCGCCGGGAAACUCGAAGCGGAGGAGGAGCGCGCUCAGAGCCAGUCCCGGGGCGGCCGCCAGCCCCGACAAGGCCCGGGAGCUUCUCCGUCUGCCUCCCGCCCUGGCGUCGCCCCCCAAAGGGACCAUUGAGAACAUUUUGGAUAAUGACCCGAGGGACCUCAUCGGAGACUUCUCCAAGGGCUAUCUCUUCCACACAGUCGCCGGGAAGCACCAGGACCUAAAGUACAUCUCUCCAGAAAUUAUGGCGUCUGUUUUGAAUGGCAAGUUUGCCAACCUCAUUAAAGAGUUCGUGAUCAUUGACUGCCGGUACCCGUACGAAUACGAGGGUGGCCACAUCAAGGGCGCCGUGAACCUGCACAUGGAGGACGACGUGGAGGACUUCCUGCUCAAGAAGCCCAUCUGCCCCGCGGACGGCAAGCGUGUCAUCGUGGUGUUUCACUGCGAGUUCUCCUCCGAGCGGGGCCCCCGCAUGUGCCGCUACGUGAGAGAGCGGGAUCGGCUCAGCAACGAGUACCCCAAGCUCCACUACCCGGAGCUGUACAUCCUGAAGGGCGGGUACAAGGAGUUCUUCCUCAAGUGCCAGUCUCACUGCGAGCCCCCCAGCUACCGGCCCAUGCACCAUGAGGACUUCAAAGAAGACCUGAAGAAGUUCCGCACCAAGAGCCGCACCUGGGCCGGGGAGAAGAGCAAGAGGGAGAUGUACAGCCGCCUCAAGAAGCUCUGA